CUCUCCCCCCCUCCCUCCCCCUCCUCCUCUACUUUCCACGGGCGGAGUGGAGUGUGUCUAGUGUGCUGUGGAAUAUUAGCAGACGGGAGCGAGCAUCACGCACAACGUUGAUGUGGGCGUGUCGCCGGAGAAGUCAUGGGGCGUGGCCAGGUACACUUCCUGUUUGUCCUGUGGGCCGCCGCCGCGCACGCUCAAGUUAACCCAGAAAUGUGUCGCUACCCGCUGGGCAUGAGCGGCGGCCAGAUCCAGGAUGAGGACGUCUCCGCCUCCAGUCAGUGGUCCGAGUCCACCGCCGCUAAGUUUGGGAGACUGGACUCCGACAACGCCGACGGGGACGGAGCCUGGUGUCCCGACAUCUUGUCCCAGUCCCACGGCCUGAAGGACUACCUCCAGGUGGACCUGCGCUCGCUCCACUUCGUCACCCUGGUGGGCACCCAGGGGCGCCACGCCGACGGCAUGGGCAACGAGUUUGCACAGCGCUACCGGAUCAAGUACAGCCGGGACGGCAACAGCUGGCUGGGCUGGACCGACCGGAAGGGACAGCAGGUCAUAGAGGGGAACCGGAACGCGUACGAUGUGGUGCUGAAGGAUCUGGAGCCGCCGAUGAUUGCGAGAUACGUUCGCUUCAUGCCGCUGACCGACCACUCUUUGAUCGUCUGCAUGAGGGUGGAGCUGUACGGCUGCCAGUGGCUCGAUGGUUUGGUGUCCUACAGCAUCCCAGACGGGCACCAGAUGAUCUCCAGAGGUCUGGAGGUCUACCUCAACGACUCCGUGUACGACGGAGCAUCAGGCCUAAGACUGACCAAGGGUCUGGGCCAGCUGACCGACGGCACCUGGGGUCUGGACGACUUCCUCCACAGUCACAUCUACGCCACGUGGCCGGGCUACGACUACGUGGGCUGGAGCAACCGGAGCUCCCCCAAAGGUUACGUAGAAAUGACCUUCGAGUUCGACCACGUCCGCAACUUCACGUCCAUGAAGGUCCACUGCAACAACAUGUUCAGUCAAGGUGUUCGGAUGUUCCGGCAGGCCACCUGUUACUUCCGCUCCGGCUCACAGUGGGGGGCCGACCCGGUGACCUUCAGGCCGCCUGUGGACUACGUGAGCCAGAGUGCGCGUUUCAUCACCGUGCCGCUCAAGGACCACACCGCCAGCGCCCUCAAAUGCCGUUUCCACUUCAGUGACCUGUGGAUGCUCUUCAGCGAGGUGGCCUUCCAGUCAGGCUCGGCGGUUUACAACACGUCGCUGACGCCUCGCAAGCACGGACACCCGGCAAACGCACUACCAGGGGAGGAUCCCACCCACAAGGUGGACGACAGCAACACGAGGAUCCUGAUUGGCUGCCUGGUGGCCAUCAUCGCCAUCCUAUCGGCCGUCAUAGUCAUCAUCCUGUGGCGCACGGUGUGGCAGAAGAUGCUGGAGAAGGCGUCACGCCGCAUUCUGGACGAGGAGCUGACGGCACGUCUGGCAGUGCAGACGCAGGCCUUCUCCUUCUCCUUCCGCCACUCCUUGUCCUCCUCCAACUCCACCUCCAACUCCACCUACGAGAGGAUCUUCCCGCUCUGCUCCGACUACCAGGAGCCCUCCCGCCUCAUCCGCAGGCUGCCCGAGUGGGCUCGGUCCACGGAGCACCUGGCACCCGGCGGCUCCUGCGGGGCCCUGGCGGCCGGUGGAGCGGACGGCGCCCCGCACUACGCCGAGGCGGACAUCGUCAGCCGCAGCCGCUCCGUCACGGCGGUCCACCUCGACCUCUUUGCUGGCCCCGACCCGUCCAUGAGGGAGUUCCCCAGAGACAAGCUCACCUUCAAGGAGAAACUGGGAGAAGGACAGUUUGGAGAGGUGCACUUGUGUGAAGCAGAGGGCAUGCAGGCCUUCUUAGAUGAGGACCCCUCUGCAGAGGAGGAGGAGGAGACCCCCCUGCUGGUGGCUGUGAAGACACUGCCAGAAGACGCCAACAAGAACGCCAGGAAUGACUUCCUGAAGGAGAUCCGCAUCAUGUCCCGCCUGAGGGACCCAAACAUCGUGCGUCUCCUGGCCGUGUGCGUGGACCAGGACCCUCUGUGUAUGAUCACUGAGUACAUGGAGAACGGAGACCUCAACCAAUUCCUGUGCGGCCUCCGCCUGAAGGAGAGUGAGGAGGCAGCGCGGGAGGAGAGGGAAGACAUUAGUAUGGUCAGCUACAAGAAACUGAUGGACAUGGCGGUGCAGAUAGCGUCCGGCAUGAAGUACUUGUCCUCCCUCAACUUUGUGCACCGUGACCUGGCCACACGCAACUGCCUGGUGGGCAAGAACUGCACCAUCAAGAUCGCAGACUUCGGCAUGAGCCGCAACUUGUACCGCGGGGACUACUACCGCAUCCAGGGUCGCGCUGUGCUGCCCAUUCGCUGGAUGUCCUGGGAAAGCAUCCUGCUGGGUAAGUUCACCAUGGCCAGUGACGUGUGGGCGUUCGGCGUGACUCUGUGGGAGAUUCUGACUCUCUGCAAGGAGCAGCCAUAUUCCCACCUCUCCGACGAGCAGGUCAUCGAAAACACGGGCGAGUUCUUCCGGGACCAGGGCAAACAGGUCUACCUGCCCCAGCCGCCGUCCUGCCCCGGCGGCGUGUACGCCGACCUGAUGCUGAGCUGCUGGCGAAGGAACGCCAAGCAGAGGCCCGGCUUUCAGGACGUUCACAGUCAGCUCGUGGGGAGCCUGGCGUAGCAGCGUGCUCUUUUCGGGUGGGAGUCACAUUGAACCCUGCCAGAAGUUAGCCACUCGUUUUAAACUACUUUGCAACAAAGACGUGUAUAUAAGGUAGGGAAGUGGCACUUGAACUUUACUCUAUGUAUUUAUUUUUGUAUUAUUAUACUACAAUAACAUUAUGGUGUGUAUUUAACUUAAAUGGAUAAAGAAACGCCAGGAAAUAUGUAUUUGAAGCACUCUACAGCUUACUAUGCCAACAUUCACUUCACAGUGUGACGAUGCUUUGGUUGACCGGAAAGGAACUCCUAAUAUGGGCAUUGCUGUAAACUCGGCAAUGCUGCCCCCCGCUGUCUAAAGGGGGAAGUGCACCUUACCGUUGAUUUGAACACUAUUCUUAAUUUAUUCAACAAACAUCCCUAUUCAGUGUUUAUUUAUAGAGCAGCGAAAUUAUUUCUACAAUUUUUAAAUAUAUUUGUGUACAAUUUAGAACAUGAGUCACUGUUUAUAUAUAUAUAUAUAUAUAUAUAUAUAUAUAUAUAUAUAUAUAUAUAUAUAUAUAUAUAUAUAUAUAUAUACAGUGUUUCCCAUAAACUGCCAAGAUACCUGUGGCGGUGGGGGCGUGGCUAUGGGCGUGGCGUGACACCAUAGAGUAAUUUGCAUAAUUUACUACAAUGAUAUGAUUUUCUCUAAAAAGGCUCAAAAAAUGUAUACUUACUAAUUAAUAAUAACAGUUUGGUUUUAAACGUCCAUCCAUCCAUCCAUUUUACAAUACAAUUACAACACUUUAUGUACAUAUUUAUAUACAGAUUUGAACAAUAAGUUAUUCACUGAAAUAUGUUUAUUAAUUGUGUUUCUUACAAAAAAUAUAUCUUAUAAAAUAUAAAAGCUAAAAUGUCUCUUAAAGCCCCUUUAAUUAGUGCAUACUAAAUAAUUUAACUUUAGCCUACUACUACAACCAUAUUAUUUACCAGCAACAUAAAGUGAAACAGAGGCAGUGGUGUCCUGCCACAGUCAGUAACAAAUAAACAUAAAACAGUAGUGGUCAAAUACAAAUAAGGCAACAAGAGAAGUAUCCUACCCUUCUCUUUUGUAAAGUAAAUCUGAACAGCCUAUAUGGGCAUCUACAUCAACUAUAUGAUUUGACUGAGAAGCUGGACAAAACGAACAAAAAAAAACAAAAACUAAAAAAAAAAAAAAAAAAUUAUUUUUUUUAUUUGUGGUGGACAUAAUUCUUUCGUGGCGGGCCAACACAAAUAAAUACAU